UGCAUUAUGUAUCUACGCAUGCCGUUUUGAUCUUCCUCAGGAAAAUUUGAGCGCGGAAACCACUUGCCAUAUUUUCCUUUAAAUUGAAAUCAAGACGAAAAAAGAGGGAAAUAAAUAGAAGUAUUUUAUGGAGAACCUUGUAUGGUUAGAAAUUCCCAAAUUUGGAGUAAGCCCGGGAGAAUCGAACCGGAUACGAUGACCAAUCAGACACAACUAUCGAACCAGCUGUUAAACAAACAUAUGGUCGAAAUUUAGAAAGUUCCUUAAAUUUUGUUUCAUCACCUGUUAGCUAGGGUUCAGAUGGUCUUUUUAUUUCGCUAUGGGCAAAAUGCGAAUUUUUUCCGUUUCAUUUUUACUUCUGGUCAUUUCAGUCACGGUCGAUGCCGACAUCGAUGCAGAGGAAGCAGCAUUGCCAACAAAAUGCCAUGGUGAGUAAGGAUUAAUCUAUUCUUCGCUUUUUUAUUAAUCCUUUUUUGUAAAUGAUACCCAAGGAAAUAAAAAAAAGCUGUGUGUAUAAAUCUCUGAAAAACAAAAAGUUAUUUCAGAGACGCGUUACUUUUGACAAAAAGACAAAUAAACAACAAAGUAGAUGUAGUCUCCUGAGAAUGACCUGUGAAUUCUGCAGCUACAAAUGUUUGUUUCCUCUCUACUUUUUAUUUAUUCGCUUAUUAGCCGUGAAAAUUGAUCUUCCAAGAGACGAUAAAAUAUUGUAAAUUUAGACUCCACAAAUGUUUUAGAGAUCUUAUAGCUAAUCUGAAGCUUUUUUCUGCUAACCAUAGUAAAUACGAAUGCAGGGAGAUUUUUUUUUCUUCACAAGCUGCUUGUUUGUUUUAGCUCAACAGUUAUAUUUUCCAGCCAAAUAUAUUAUGCGUUAAAAAUUUGCUUUCAAUAUUUCACACAACUUUUAUAAGGCAUUUAACUUUGAUUCGCCAUUAAAAAAACUUUUGUCGUUCUUGAAGUUACCUGAUCGAGUUCGAUUGAGGAAAUUCGAACUAAAUUUUGUCGAACAUAUGUCUGAAACAUGAAACUGUAGCUUGCCAGUCAACUUAUUUUUUGGAGCCAAGAGACGCGAGCACCAUUCAAUUAACUUCUGUUCAUUUGAUCGAAAUGUUGAUUAGGCUUUGUUCGCAAUCAGAUCACUGACUCAAAUUGUGUCAUAUGUCAAUAUGCACAAUUGUGAUCUUCUAAAUUAACAGUAACCACACUUUUGAUUGGCUGCCUCAACAAACUUAACUUUAAACAGGUGCAAAUUGUUGGUUAAUAUUGGCACAGUUUAGAGGCCAAUUUUUGUUUGGUCAAUGUUUUUCUUUUUUGUGAAUAAUGGUUUAUGCCCACAGGGCAAGGAUUUUUUAAUUCUCUCUCUGAGCACCUGCCUUGGAUCUGCAAUCUAAAUUAUUUCAGGUUUGGUUCAAGCAUUAGAUUAAGCUGUAAACUGAUAAGAAUUUCUUGAAUAUUUAAUACCAUUGUGACAGUAGUAGUUCCCCCUUAAUCUUUUUCAAAGUCCUGUUAACCCUUUAGCUCCCAGAAGUGAUUAACAUUUAACUUCUCCUUUAAAUGUCCAUAAAUUAUCCAGCAAGUGGGUAAUGAGAAUACUCAAACCUCUUGAGUAGAAGUUGUCAACUCAAUCUAACACCAGGUGUAGCACUCACAAGGGAGAGUUGAAAUCAGAUCUUGGGACAUAAAGGGAUAAAUAAUUUCUGUAAGAAAUAAAUUUAAAAAAAAAAAUUUGUCUUUCUUAAUGUGUUUGAAUCUCUCAAUGUUACAGUUUGUAAACACUUGGUACAAGAACUGCAGGAUGAGCUUGAAAGGUCUGGCAAGUCCAAGGAAGUCUUCCGAACAGGGCAGAUAUUUCAGGAGCAGCGUAAGGAAAUAAACUACCAGUAUUCGUAAGUAUGCAAAUCUUAUUGCUGUAGUCAAUUGCCUCUAGAUCAUGGGAAAAGGGGAGACAUAUUAGUCCUGUAGCUAGUUUGGCAUACUCUGGAGCUGGAAUUAGCUAAUACCAGUUUAAACCUUUUACCUCAUUUAUGUGGGUUUGCAGACCUCAAACACUUUUCAAUGAAUCAUUAAUUACAUUUUAGAAACUCACACUUUAUACUUUUAUAUUUUGUUGUAGUGAGGUUCGUCUGAAUGAAGCUCUGGAAAAUGCCUGUUCUAAUGUUUUAGAUUACAAAGUGCAUAAAGACAAAGUGAAGGCUUUGAGAUAUGAAAAGAGUGAGUGAAAUCAUUAUAUUAAAAAAUAUUCCCCCUUUUCCUAAUGCCUUAUGAUGUACAAUUUUUGACUCUGAAAUGAGUUUCCACCAUAAACACUAUGUAAGGGUAUUCUCUGUAGCCUAAUUAUACAGAGAGGUGCCCUCCAUUAGGAGGGAACUUUUACUGAGUAGUAGAAGGAGUUUUUCCUUCACAGAAUAUUUUCUGAUAAUUUAUUGUUUUCUGUUAGAAUUUGUAGCACAUUUUGAAAGAAUGCCUGUUUUAAAUAUAAUCCUCUACAGUCAUAUAGCUUAAGCCCCAAUUUUCCAAAUUAAACAAGUUCCACAAUAGAGGGGUGUUGUCCAACACAGGGCCAUGGUCAUAGAUCUCUUUGUUCCAAACAGGGUCACGUAGGCUUCCAUGCUCUUAACUGCCCCUUUGUACCCGAAGUACAAAGACAAGUUAGCCUAAUAAUAUACUGUGUUUUUAUGUGUCCCUGGAAUUAAAACUCAGUACUAAGUUGGAAUAAUACUUCGCUCUCUCUCCAGAGGAAAGUGUAACAUUCAACACCCUCAAAGGACUAAAAAAUCGAGGAGUCAAGGUGGACCUUGGAUUUCCUUAUGAGAUGUGGGACACGCCUGAUGCUGAAGUAACAAGGCUGAAGAGCAGGGUAAGACUUUGAUAGACAUUUUGUUAUUUAAGUUAUGGGCUGUAGUGACUGGCAUACUUUGUUGGUUACCAGGGAUUUUCUGGCUGUGAUUUCAGUCAAAAAGAUGGUGUAUACUGUUUAGAAAAAACUGAGGCCUGAUACCCUGAAAUUUUCAAUGCAAGUAGUUUGAGACAAAGUUGUCAAUUGGCCAUUAAGUUUCACUGCAGGUUGUUGGCAUGUGAAUAAAACAGCUCUCACUCAAGAGAGAGAUCAAGGACUCGAAAUCAAGCACAGCUGGCCACACUAGGAUAUCUGUCUCCUGCCAUACUUAGCACCCUGGCUGCUUUGCUGUUACUCAACAAAUUCCUGUUCAACUUUUUCUUAUAACUUGGUGAUCUGUUUAUGAAAAUCACUAGUAAAAUAAAUAGGGUCCUUGACACAAAUAGUGAUUUUCCACAGUAAACAGAACAUCAGCUGUUUUUGAAUAAGGUUCUGUAGUUUUGCAUGUCUUGUCAGGUUACAGAGUUGUUUUAAAAAUGGUGGUAUCCAUAAUUAAUUUUUCAUUACAUUUGAGAACAAUUUCUGGUUGCAAAGAAGGCUUUUUUAUUCAAAGCUCUAAAUGUAGCAAGGAGUGAAUUUUUGAGUAUUUUUACAUUGUGAAGAUACUAAGAAUUAUGUUUUGGCUGGAAUAUGAUUUAAUAAUCACAGUUUAUAACUACAGUGCCAUUUAUUUCAGUGUGAAUUAAUGGUUGAGACGUAUGAAGAUGACUUGACCCAGUGGUACUGGUAUCACCAAAAGGAAAAUUUGACAAACUGGUUAUGUAUUGAGAGAGUGCUGGACCCUGGAGAGGAGGGUGAGAAUUUUGUUCAUAUCUGUUGUUUUAUGUGGGUGUGGUCGUGUGAAGGAGUGUGGCACAGGGGCUGGGGUUUGCACUCUAGCGUCUGACUGGUUUUUGGGACCUUGUCGAGUUGUUUAUCACCUCUUAUUAACAAAGGUGGCAGUCACUGUCUUGGUAACAUCCUUGAGAUAAGGGUGCACUGUAUGCAUUUUUAUUUUCCUCUCUUAGACAAGAAAACUAAGAAGAAGAGAGAGUUUCUAACGCGUUAUGUUAUCAUUACGCCGUAUAACAGAGUUCUAUAUUAUUUUUUUUUCUUUAACGCAGAGUGUUUCAAUGAAACUGAAGCAAAAAAUACUGAUGACAAGAAAGACAGUGAAGGGACAGAAGAGAAGGGAAAAGAGGGUGAAGACAAAAGCAGCGAUACAGAUGAAGAUAGAGAAAAGAAAAAAUCCGGAAAGGAAAAAAAGAAAACAAAGGGAAAGGAGAAAGACAAGAACAAAGGCGGAAAGACAUCAGCUGGAAAAUCGAAGAGGUCUUCGCAGGCUGAAGAAGAUGAUUCGGAGAAAAUCCAGCGUCUCAUUAGGCAACAAGCCCAAGAGCAAGAGGAACACCGCAAGAAACGUGGCAGGACAAAGGAGUUUGUUGGUGGUAAAAUGGACGAACGAACACGGCGAGAGUUCCAGACCAGGCUCCGAGACAUUCACGAUGUCGACCGUCUCCGACGCGAACUUAGGAGGAUUCGUCAACGAGAAAUGACCGAAGAUGAUUACAGUGCAAGAGAGCCUUGGGAACGCCAUAUGGACUCGAGCAUUCCUGAAGAAGUCCGACGUGACAUGCGACGACAUCGGUUUGAGCGAAUGAACGAUCCCGAAGAUCUGAGGAGAGAGUUGCGCAUGCGAGCUAUGGACCUCGACGAUGAUGACCAUUUCUUAGAAGAGCACUCCUUCGCUUUUCGUGAAUUGAGCCACCGUUACAUGAUAGAAGCAGAAGAAAUUCGUGAUCCUUUGGAGCUGAAGAAACGUAUCGACGACCUUGACGCGCUGUCGGCGAUAUUUUCUAGUGGUUACGAGCGUGGCCGACGACGAGGGCGACACGGUCGGCGCCCUCUGAAAGACGAAUUUUGAAGAGUUGGUGCCGGCCACAGAAAGUUUUUUAUCUUUAGCAGCCCCACAUGAAAUAGUGACACAGGGACCCUAUCGAGCAGAGAGCGAAACAAACUGGUUUUCACGGACUUUAUUAAUUUGGUCUGAGGUUAUGAAUUUCAAUCGGUUCCUCUCGCAGAGGGUAUUAGUUUAGAGUAAUUUUUUGUGAAUAACAUAGAUAGACGGGACUGCAUUGGUAUUGCUUUAAAACCCCCUUUUUGUCAUUAAAAACAUGCGUCUCGCACUUAACUCUCUAAAACCAUCAAGUGCAGAGGAGAAUAGGAAUUUGAUCAGCGCCUACUGUCAGCCUCGUACUCAGGUUUCUCUCUUUUCUUGAAACACGUAGCGCAAGGUGUCAUGGGCCAGUCGCUCUCUAAGAGUUACUAAAGCCACGUUACCAUCGUGCAGUGUUCACCGCUUUUCCCGCCAUUGUAGUAGGGUCUGGCUACUAUAUAGACAAAAAAACAUGCCGCUUUACAUGUUUCCAGGACGAUAUGUCACUUAGUAACUAUUUAAAUUAAUUCUUGGCUCUGUUCACAAAUUUCCUUUUUGGCAGGUGUUUUUAAUUAGCUAAUUUGUUGGGCUGCUAAUGAUUAGAACAUUAAGGGUCUUGAAUGAAAGUACAAAUAUAAGCAAAGGACAUUCUAGAUGCACGUAUCCUUUAUGGUGGAAAAUAAGCUGUGUAUUUUGGUUUCUAUUAAAGGUUUGUUCACACUUGCAACGCAAAAUGCAUGUAAAUUUCAUUAACACAAAUAUAAACGCUUGCCCGGCGUAAGGAAUGGAAACAUCGUUUUCUUGCGCCUGCCUUCUGUGCAUUUGUUUGUAUUUGCUUCAUUUGUGUGAGCUGAUCCUUAAGCGCACGCAAAGUUUAAGAAAAAUUUAAGGCUUGUGAUGAUUGUAGGAAAAUAGUUUAACUAUAUUUGUCGAAAUAAAUGACUGGUUUCUGUUCUUUUACGUGUUACAUGUUACAUGCUGAAAGACGGGCUGUAGUUAGAUUACUAUUCGCUCAUAAUUAAGAACUGGAAAAAUGAAG